UCAGAUAAAAGGGAAAAUGUCCUAAUUGACCAGACAACAGACAUCUGACAAUAUGGGUCUGAAAGCAGUUUUCAGUAUUUGCCUGGUGUGUGUUGUGGGAGGGGACAGGUUAAAGGAGAGCAUCUAUACAGACUUCGACCAGUUCCAGGCCUGCUUCAAGCGGUUAAACGCUACCAUGGAAUUUGGAUGUACCUCAGACCUGAGUGGAAACGUGGGUGUUCUAUUGUACAUUGAUUCCCAGGACAUAUCCAGAGUUGAAGUUGAUGACUUUGCUCCUUAUAUCAUUCUUCUUAGUCCUGAUAUCUUUAGCGGAAGUAUGCUGACUAGACUGAAGAAUACUGGGAAUGUGAACGGUAUUCUCCUUCCAGGAGUUAAAACUGGGAAAUGGAAGGGCAAGCUCCCCGCUGUACAGUCUGAUGAUGUUAAUUGUCCGAAUAGUGGCAGCAGCACAGCAGAGAAGUUUGGAGAGCAAAAUACAAUAAAGCAUUAA